UUAUGUAAAAACAUGAAGCUGGUAUAUCCGGUUAUCAGGUGCCCUGCACAAAUCUCUCAGCCUCACCUGUGUACCUCAUUCAAAACUGGCUUUGUUACAUAUCUAUUCUAAUAAUCAGGGCUCUGACUCCUCCCACCAAAACCAGCAGAGCUUUUUCUUUAAUAUGUGUUUCCUUGACCUGGUUUCUGUGUGCUAAGAAGAAAUGUCGAAGGGCAGCGUCUUCAUUUCCUGAGAUUGGAAAACAAAAUGACAGCCGCUAAUUCCAGCGUACAGGAUUCUUUCAGAGAUGGCAGCCUGGAGAGAUUUACUCAUUUUAAAAAAGAUGAGUUUGAAAGUGACUGGGAGAAACUGGCUGAGCGCAAGUUUGGUCGUGUCUAUAAGGUGAAGGUUAAAGUCUGGCGGGAAACAUGUGCACUGAAGACAACGACCAAUGAUUACAGGAACAUGACACAGAUGUCCAAAAUCGGAAGACUGAAGUUCAACUAUUUAAUCUCCAUUUAUGGAAUAAGCAAAGAUCCACCUGGUUUAGUGAUGGAAUAUAUGAGAAAGGGAUCGUUGGACAACCUCCUCAGCAGUCAUUUCUUAAUGUGGCCUAAGAAGUUCCAAAUGAUCCACGAGAUAACGAUGGGCAUGAAUUUUCUGCACAGCAUGAAACCACCCAUUCUUCAUUUGAACCUGAAACCAGCCAACAUUCUUCUUGAUGACCAUCUGCACGUGAAGAUUUCAGAUUUUGGCCUCAUUAAAUGGGAGGAGUUUUCUGGUAAGACAGAGUUUACUGAACACCUGACAGCUCGAGGGAACAUAAACUAUGUGCCUCCAGAGACCUUUACCCAGAAUCCUGAACCACCUGGAACAAAGUAUGAUGUUUACAGCAUUUCUAUUAUUAUGUGGGAAAUUCUAACUCAGCAGCGUGCAUAUCAAGGUCUGAAUAUGACAGAAAUAUUAAUCAGAGUGUCAUCUGGCAAAAGGCCUGGUGUAGAGAAGAUCCCUGAAGACAAGCCCCUUGAGUGCGAGGAGAUGAUUGGUGUCAUGCAGCAAUGUUGGCACCAAGACUGCAGCCAGAGACCGGCUUUCUCUGAAACUGUUCGAUUGACUGAAGUUCUUAGUGAAAUCCUUAAAAUCCCAGACACGAAUGCAAGGGGUGAGAUAAGAAAGCGUCUACCUGAACAGGUAUGGAAUGUAAGUGACUCUUCCAAUGAUUCUAGCAUUCACUCUCUCCUUAUAAAGAAAGAUUUUGAGAGCUUUAAGAAAGUUCUGCAAAAAGAGCAUGUGUCUAUGGUCUUCCGAGACAACAACUCUCUCCUUCAUCAUGCCGUGGCCAGCGGGGACACAGAAAGCGUGCAGAUGGUCCUGAAACUGGGAGCCUCUGUGAAUUGCCAGAGUGCAAAAGGCUACACCCCGCUCAUCGUCGCAGUUCUGCACAAGUUUUACGAGGUUUGCAGCUUGCUGACAGACGGUGGGGCUGACGUCAACCUCAGUGAUGGCGACCAGUGGACCGCAUUGCAUUUUGCCGUACAGGCUGGCGACGACAGAGCCGUUCGCCUUUUGUUAGACAAUAAGGCGAGAGCCGAUGCCAAGGAGAAGGAUGGGUGGACGCCUUUGCAUCUCGCUGCUCAGAAUGGCCACGAGCACAUUGUGAGAAUCCUGCUCCGGCGUAUGGAUGGCGUGGAUGAGCAGGAGUCCCAGUCUGGCCGUACGCCGCUUCACGUGGCUUCCAUUUACGGUCACGUGAACAUCGUCAACCUCUUGCUCAAAAACGGAGCUGACGUUAACAAACCAGAUAACCUUCGAUCCACUUCCCUACACUUGGCGGCAGAUGAGGGGCACUUCAGGGUGGUCCGUUUGCUGGUUAAUAAUGGGGCUGAUGUGAAAACAGUCGAUGAGCAAAGCUACAGUCCCCUACAUUUUGCCGCUCUAAAGGGUUACACAGGUAUCUGCAGACUCCUGUUGAGUAAAGGAGUCGACCCCGAUAUCAAAACCUAUCAGAAUUGGACAGCCAUGCACCUUGCAGCCCUAAAAGGCCAUCCAGAGACUGUCCUCAUGUUGGAGGAGCACCAUGGCUCAGUCAACAUCCAAGGGAAAGACGGCUGGACUCCUCUGCACCUUGCUUGCCAUCAUGGGCAGGAGGAGGUGGUGACGGUGCUGCUAACAGCAGGUGCCGACCCAAACCUGGCCGAGGAUAAUGGCUGGACACCCCUUCACUUAGCCUGUAACAGUAGCUGCUUCCCUAGCGUUCUGCAGCUGAUAUCUCACCAAGCCAAUGUGAACGCCCAGAAUAACAGCCAGUCGACGCCAUUGCAUUUAGCCGUCCAGCUCAGCAACAUCCCAAUCAUCAAAGCCCUGCUGAUGAAUAAUGCACGGCGGGAUAUGCAGGACUUGAAAGGAUACACCACCUUAACCUUGGCUCAACGGUGCAACAAUACAGAAGCCGUAGAGCUACUGAACAGCUAGACAGCGGUGGAGAUCCUGGCGGAGAGCGAGCCAUGUUUGGUGAGGGAGUGCAGCAUUGAUUUCUCCUAUCGAUUUCCUUCCUCCUGCAAAGCCUGCUCUUAUAAACAGUCUUGCUGUUGUUUGUGGUUUAGAUUCCUAGAAUUUAACACCUUUGUUUGGGUUAGGUUAAGAGCUCAGGUGUGUUCUCAGAAUGGAAGUGUUAUGAAUGAAGGAUUUUAUGACUAGCAGUAUGUAAUGGAAGUCAGCAUACAGUCGAAAUUGAGUUCGUUUAUUUAGCUUGAAUAAUUCAGAGCAUGUAAUUCCUAAGAAGACAACUGUUUGUUUUUGUAAUAUUUAAUCAAAAAAUAAUAACUUGCUCCAUCACUGAAAUUACUUUCUAUAUCUGUUUAAUCAUUUAGGUCGCACAGGCUAUUAAGUAAUGUUAAAGGGAUAAUCUACCCAUAAAUUAAAAUUCUGUCUUGAUUUAUUCAUCCUCAUGUUGUUUCAAAAAUUGUAUGACUUUAUUUUUAUGUGUGGAACAUUUAAGAUGAUAUUAUGAAGAAUGCUGGUAACCAAAAUGUUAUCUAUCCACACAUUUUUUUUCUUGCUGAAUGUCCAAUUUAAUUUAAAAACACAUCAUAUUAGACAAGUAAAAUAACUUAUUAAUGGUAAUUCAUGUUGAAAAAAAAUGCCUACCACAAAGUGUGGUAUUUUGAUACCUAAACAUGAUUCAAUACAUUCAUACUUGGAUGAAUUCCACUACUGUCAGACAUGCACAUAUCGUGGUAAAAAAAUCAUAAUCAUUCAUGGCAUUCAAAUGGAAUGUUACUUUCACAAACAAAAGCCAAAAAACCUGUUUGACAACAAGCUUAUCGCUUCCCAGCAGGCUUCCGCUCACGUUCCACAGCUUUGUCCUAAACAUAAAGGGCAAAUAUAUAUAUAUAUUUGCCCUUUGUGUUUAGGACAUAUAUAAAAAAUGAAUGCAACAACCUCCAUUCUAUGUCAUUAUACAGUUGUGUGUUUGUGUGUGUGUGUGUGUACGUGUAUAUAUAUAUAUAUAUAUAUAUAUAUAUAUAUAUAGUAUAAUUUAACUGGUAGUAUGGUAGACGUGAUUACAAAAUUCAUAUUUAACAGGUGUAAACUUGUGACUGAAAUGCACCAGUUUUGUAUCAUACAAGGUACAUUAAACAUGAUAUCAUAAGA